CUUUCUCUCUCUCUUCCACAACGCAGAUACGCACACUCUCUCUAUUUCUCUCUGCGUGUGUGUGUGUGUGUGUGUGUGUGUGAGGGAUUUGGGGGUUGAGAUUCGAAUGGGGGAUCCGGCGAUGAUCGCCGGGAUCCGGUGAUGGGCGGCCGCCGCCGAUGGAAUUCGCCGCCGCCGCCGCCGCCGCCGCAGCAGCAGCCGCGAGGCAGAUGCGCGGCGCGAGGGCGGAAGUAGUGGCGGCGGGUGUGGAUGCCUCGUCGUCGGCGCUCGAUGAAGAAGAGAUACUGUGGCAGAUGAACAUGAGAGGGAGCGAAUCGAUGGAAUACGGAACUUAUCCCGAGCGUCCGGGCGAGCCAGACUGUGCUUAUUACCUCAGGACUGGCCUCUGCAGGUUCGGCAUGACUUGCCGAUAUAACCAUCCUCCAGACAGAAGGCUGGCCAUUGCUGCUGCAAGUAUGAAGGGAGGAUACCCCGAAAGAGUAGGACAACCCGAAUGUCAGUAUUAUUUGAAGACUGGGACAUGCAAAUUUGGAGCUACAUGUAAAUUUGACCACCCUAGAGAUAAGGCUGGAAUUGCCAGCAGAGUUCAAUUAAGCAUAUUAGGAUUCCCACUUCGUCCGAACGAGAAGGAGUGCGCAUAUUAUUUAAGAACUGGACAGUGUAAGUUUGGGAACACUUGUAAAUUCCAUCAUCCGCAACCGUCUAAUGCAGUGGUUUCGUUACGUGGUUCUCCUAUUUAUCCUUCUGUACAUUCGCCUACGAGUCCGGUUCAGCAGUCUUAUCCUGGGGGUUUAACAAGCUGGCCUUUGUCGAGAGCUUCUUUUAUUGCUAGCCCUCGAUGGCAAGGCCCUUCGAGUUACGCUCAUCUUAUUCUACCUCAGGGGUUGGUUCAAGUACCCAACUGGAACACCUAUCCAGGACAAUUGGGAUCUGUUUCAUCUUCGGAGAAUCGGCAACAAUCAUCAGGAAAUGUUCAAUUAUAUGGAACUUCUAACCAGAGUGAACCCAGCGGAGGACCGAUUGGACAAUCCGACUCGAUGCCUUUGGUUCAGUUUGGGUUGCAGAGGGAGAGUGUGUUUCCUGAGAGGCCCGACCAACCGGACUGCCAAUUUUACAUGAAAACCGGCGACUGUAAGUUCGGUGCGUCUUGCAAGUUCCAUCAUCCUAGGGAGAGGUUAGUUCCUGCUCCAAAUUGCGUGCUGAGUCCGCUAGGCCUCCCGCUGCGCCCGGGAGAACAAUUAUGUGUGUUUUAUUCUCGUUACGGUAUAUGUAAAUUUGGGCCGAAUUGCAAAUUCGACCAUCCCAUGCCGGCUCAUGGGGAUUUAGCAUUUCAAG